ACUAUGAUUCCUGUUCUGAUUUUACUGCUCCUCCAUCAGUCAUUGGCUGAGAAAGUUUGUAUCAACAUUUCCGACUACAACUUCAGGAUAACUGUGCCCCAUGGGAAUAUAACUGAAAAGUUAAAUCAUGAAGUGAAAUGUGAAAAUGAUGGGGACCCUUGUUUCUUUGGAUGCAAGCCAAGCAAUAAGAUAUGGUUCGAAGGAUCAUCUGCUUGCUUGAAUGCUUCUGUGAAUGUUGGAAAUCUCACCUACUACUAUACCUUAUAUGAAUAUACCAAUUGCUACCAAUGCCAAUGCCAGGAAACUUCUAUCCUGACACUAUUUCACAAUUUGGAGGGCAUUGACCAUGGUAUGAAGCAAAUGAUGGGACUCAUUUGCAUAAAGGAUUUGUGUCCAGAUCUCUUCAGAAACAGCCAUGGUGUUAAGAAGGCAUUUAUAAGAGUGGAGAAACAAAUAAUCCACCACAUUAUGGACACAUCUCAGCCUGAGGAUGGAAGCUUCAGGUCCCACAGACUAAAGUCCAUGUCUCUGAACAUUUUCAAAAUCAACAAUUCAAACCUCAACGUUUCAGAAGCCACAAUCCCAAUAGAUGUUCCACAGUUGCAUCCCAGCAACAAAUCAUUUGUUCCUGAGGUGUGGAUACCUGUGAAUGCACUGAAAGCCAUUCCACAAGAGGAGAGGUGUCUUGGUCUUGUCAGCUACAUGCAUCACAGCCAAUUCCAAUUUCACAAUGAGACUGUUUCAUCGAUGGUUGUCAGGAUAGAACUGUCAAGGAAUCAUCAUCUACAGAAUCUCAUGCCACCAAUCAAAAUGAUUUUCAGCGUUAAAAAACAAGAAAAGAAUCAUUCCCAGUUACUGUGUCACUACUUUGAUGAACAAGAUUUUGACUGGAAACCUGAUGGAUGUGAAACUAACAUCGGCCAGGACAACGUUACUUGCAACUGCAACCAUGCAACAGCCUUUGCUGUCUUACUGAUAAGAAUACCAAUAAAAGAAGCCCAUUGGAAAAUACUGUCUCACAUCAGUUACAUAGGCUGUGGUCUUUCUGCUUUCUUUAGUGCUUCAUCUCUUGUAAUAUAUGUAUUUAGCAGAAGCCACAAAAUGGACGUUUCCAUGUCUAUCCAUGUAGCUCUGAGUGGGGCCUUGUUUCUUCUCAAUUCCACCUUCCUGCUGACUGAGUGGGGGGCCACUGUGAAGCUUGAGUGGGUGUGUGAGUUUGUAGCUGCGCUCAUGCAUUACUCCCUGCUCUGCUGUUUCACCUGGAUGGCCAUAGAGGCCCUGCACGUCUACUUACUGCUGAUAAAGGUGUUCAACACCUACUAUAAACACUACAUACUCAAAAUGUCUCUUGUUGGAUGGGGACUUCCUGGGAUAAUUGUGGCAACGUCUUUAUGUGUGCAGAAUGUUAAGCAGUUUUAUGGAGUUACACAGUUGACCAUGUCAGAUACCAAUCAGACCAAUGCAAUCUGCUGGAUCACAGAUGACUCCUUCUUCUACUCACUGAACCUUGUGUAUUACACCCUUAUAUUCAUAUUUAACUCUGGCAUACUGAUGGCAGUGGCCUCAAGCAUCUGUAAGAUGAAACGAGUGUUAAAGACACACUCAAAGCAUAGAGCUUGCACUGAUGGAAAGUCCAGUGGAGUUCCACAGAAGUUCAGUACAUCUUGCCAGAGUGGAUUCACUUUGCUGGGCCUUACCUGCCUUAUGGGGAUCACCUGGGGCCUGGCCUUCCUGGGAUCUGGUUAUGUCAACUAUCCAGUCCUCUAUCUUUUCUGUAUCCUCAACUCCUUACAAGGUCUCUUCAUCUUUGUGUGGAUAUGUCUCUUGGCUAAGAAGCACCGAAGGAGAGAAAUGGAGGAUAAAUGGUCUUCAACCCCUGUGAGGACUUCAGACAUCAAUAUUCAAUAGAUCUCUUCUCCCACUCCUCUGAAUGGAUUCCAAUAACUCCUCUUAUGUAAAUGUGCCCACAUUUAUGGGCACCCUUGGUAAAAAGCCUUAAAAUAAAUUAACCCUUUAUUGCAUCUGCAUAAUUUUGCAUAGAAAAAUUAUUAAAAGUCCUAACUUUAAUUUGAUUGUUCAAAAAAGAGAAACAAAGCAGAACAUGUCAUUAAAGUAAGGCAGAAGUGUGUUGAAUUCCAAGUUAGAAAAAUGUUACAAGGAAAAAGCUACUAACAAUAAAUUAACAAUAUCUAAACUCCAAGAAAAACUUUCGAAGGUUUAAAACAUUUUAGGGUGUAACAAACAAGUCUAUAUAGUGUACACAUAUUUAUCUUGGCACCGCACACAGUAAGUACAGUCAGCAGGAAGGUAAAAAAAGCUUUUUGAUAAAGAACGUCUGACUUUUUUUCGUGUGAGUUUAGGUUACAGCAACAAAAGGCUAAUUUAUUUUUAGGUUUUCCUCAGCUUUACGCAAGAUGCUUUCACAGCUUUUCAUACACCUUAAACCUUUUCACAUUUUCAUUUUGUCACAUUACCGCCACAAACUCCACUGUAUUUGACUUUCUUUUCAUACAUGAACACAUGGUUGUGACGUGGAUGGAAAAGGAAACAUGAUUUUAAAUUUGACAAUGAAAUAGAGUGUGUAUUCAUCCCGUCUGAGUCACAGCCUGAUGCUGCCACCACUGUGUUAUGAUGGAAAUGGUUUAAUCAAGUUGCUAGUUUUUCAUCAUACAUAAAUAAAUUAUCAACAAGUAAUUAUGUGACUUUCAGUCUUCAUUUCAAUAUGUACAUGUAUGGUUUUUUUUUUCAGUUGUGUGCUAACAUCUAAUGUGUUGGAUGGGUGCG